AUGGUGAAUGCUUUAGCUUCCCAGAGCGAUGUCGUUGUCUUCACAAAAAGCACAUGCAUUAUGUGCCAUAGUAUCAAGGCUCUCUUCUAUUAUUUUGGUGCAAGUCCUGCAGUUUAUGAGGUUGACAAUGAUGUUGAUCUAGAGUUUUCACUACAAGAAUGGACCACCUUUAGCGGCGACAGCUGUCGCCGGUAUUGGUUAAAAUUGUCGCCGGUAUUGACCUUUAGCGGCGACACGUCGCCGGUAAAUGGUCGCCGGUAUUGGUCGGACGCUAUUGGCCUCCUGUCGUCGCUAAAGGAAUCGGCCGCACCUUCAUUAGAAGACGAAGCAGCGAAAACCAUGUCUGAUAAGUUGCAAAGAAGAUUACCACCAAACAGAGAAGCUGCACGCAUAUGUUCAACAACUAGAAACAUGUCGUUUUUGAAGUUAGUGCAAUUGGAGCAUGAACUUGAGAGAUCUCGACAACAGGGUGUGUGUGGCGGUUUACUUAAUACAAGCAAUGGUAUAUCAUCUAGUAACAUCAACUCAGGUAUCGUUGCGUUUGAGAUAAUGUAUGAUUUGUGGGUUUUUGAACAACAAAAGAGGGACAAUGAACUUAAGAUUAUGUUGCAAAAUCAAGUAAGCGAACCAGAUCUUCGUAUAUCCGUGGACAGUAGCUUGAACCACUACUAUGAGCUUUUCCAAAUGAAAGCCAACGCUAUGAAGACUGACGUGUUCUAUUUUAUGUGUGGAAUGUGGAGAACGCCUAUCGAAAGGCUCUUUCAAUGGCUUGGAGGACCACGACCGUCAGAACUCAUAUGUGUAAGAUGGGGCUACUUACUCAUUUUGAUCGUAUAUUAA